UCCCCGGUACUGGAUGGCAUGGCGGAAGGUCUGCGCGGUAAACAAUAUAAACAAAGGCACAAAAUUGGCGACUGCUCCCAGAAUUUCGAGGCGUGGCCGAGCGAGAGCCGCGGGUGAGGAGCCAACAUGCCCCAGAAGAAGAAGGAGUCACUGGGGGGAGACAAGCCAGGCCAGGAGGUGCAGGCUGACCACGAGUUGUUCCUGCAGGCCUUUGAGAAACCAACACAAAUAUACCGGUACCUCAGGUCACGGAAUGUUCUGAGUCCAAUAUUCCUGCAACGAACACUCUACUACAUGCGAGGGAGGAUGAGUCGGAGCCAUAAAAACAGAAUGACCUUUAAACUGGAUGGCCUCUUGGAAAAGGUUACACAGAAGAGUGAAAGGCAAGGGGAGCGGCCAGCCAGCUACCUCAACAUUGCCUUCACCGGCUUUCAUGAUGACAAAUUGGAGGGAGUAUCAGGGGAUGUGGCGCGAGUGGAAACCUUCAUCGUGAAAAUGUGCCACAAGAAGCGCAAGGAAUCCUCAGCUCCUCUCAUGCAGGUAUCCGUGGGAACGCAGGAUGUCUCAAUAAACCCAGUAGAGAGCAGUGGUGGUGGCGGUGGUGGUCGCUGUUACCCAACCAUCAGUAUCCCAACCCAUAGCUUCACCUGGAGCAAUGGACAUCAGGUCAAGUCUUACGUCAUGGUGUUCCGAGUCACACUUGUGCACGACCAGGAGAAUGCUGGGGAGCCCCUCAUGAAGCGCCGUCGAGUUAGCCGCAGUUCAUCACAGGACGCACAGGAUGCAAAUAUAGCCAACAACACUGCCAACACCCCCAAUAACAAUAACAACAACAACAAUAACAACAAUAACAACAACAACAACACCACGGCCACUCAGAAUGGGGAUGCUUCAAACGGCGGUGUUGGGUCUACUUACUGUGGCGAGCUGGUGAUGUUUGACCGCCAUGGGCGUUCCCUGUUGACGCCUGGACACUAUGAGCUGGUGCUGGAGCUGCAGGCAGGAUCAGACGGUGACAGUCUUCCUCUCUGCCGCUCUAGCCCAAAGAAGGUGGCUGGCUGGGAGACAAUCAGCACUUUGAAACUGGAUGGUAUUUUCAACCACAUUCCAGUGCUUAAGUUCACUCUCAACUGGACCAAUGAGACAUCUAGUCCAGCACCAGAACGCCCUCGUCUCCAGCCACUCAAGCCCCUAGACGUGGUGUUGGCUAAUAGCACCUCCACCAAACCCAGGCCUCAGGGAGUGGCCAGCCCUGAGGCACCCCAGCUCGUGCUCUACCAGUUUGUGUACAAUAACAACAGCCGCCAGCAGACAGAAGCACGUCGGGACUUUCACUGCCCCUGGUGCUCUCUCAACUGCAUGGCUCUCUACUCUCUACUGAAACAUCUCAAGUUAUGCCAUGCUCGGUUCUCCUUCACCUAUGUUCCACAUCCCAAGGGCGCAAGAAUUGACGUCUCCCUCAAUGAAUGCUAUGAUGGGUCCUACGCCGGCAACCCUCAGGACCUUGUGGCGCUCCCUGCAGGGUUCGCAUUCUCUCGGUCAGGUCCCACACGCCGCACACCCACCACUUCUGUUCUGGUGUGUCGCCCAAAACGUCCCAAACCUUCCCUCUCUGAGUUUCUGGAGCAGGAUGAUGAUUUUGACUUGCCUCGCUCCUACAUUUUGGGUCAUAACAGGUUGUACCACCACACCAUGACCUGUCUACCCAUUCAGCCCCAUGAACUGGACGAGGACAGCGAAGGGGAGCACGACUCGGAGUGGGUGCGGCAGAAGACACAGAUGAUGAUAGAUGAGUUCUCGGAUGUGAAUGAAGGAGAGAAAGAGGUGAUGAAGAUGUGGAAUCUACAUGUCAUGAAGUACAAUUUCGUAGGCGACAGUCAGAUCCCCCUGGCGUGCAGCAUGUUCCUGGAGACUCAUGGAGCAGAACUGCUGCGCAAGAACCUAUACCGCAACUUUGUUCUGCACAUGAUCUCCCUUCACGACUUUGGCCUCAUCGGAACUGGUGUGGUAUACCGCUGUGUGCUGCAGCUGCAAGGAAUGAUGCAGGAUCCUUCCAUACAGAAGCAGUUGGCGGCAGGCUGGGAAGAGCAGAGGAGGUCGGCUAAGAAAGUCUUCCCAGCUCACUCUGGCCGAAGCAGCUUGACUGCAGGGGGAGGCAGGGGAGGACCAGCAUCAGUUAAACAGGAGUCUUCUCACACCUCCACCUGCUCCUCCCCAUCUUCUGCCUCCUCCUCCUCAACCUCUUUGACAACCAAUAGUGCCUGGUUGUCUGAGAGUAAAGGUUCUCCCAGCAAAAGCAAAGGGAAGAGGAAGUGUGGAGUAAACAGGUGGUCUGUCUUGCAGGUGAAGGAGAUGUGAAGUGUUGCAUUCAGUGAGGACUCUCAGGGUCGCUAAGUACAAACCCUCAGGCCAGGAGCAGCCCCCCCUAACCCCUGCUGCCACCACCACACCACCACCACCACCACCACUGCCAACAAGGGCCCGGACCCUGCCAAUGUGACGAUGAGUGUAUGUGUGGGGGCAGUGUUGUCUCUAGUGGUGUGUUGAUGCUUGCAUUGUGGCACAGAAUACUAUAUUCUGAAACACUUCUGUACCUUACCCUCACUACUUUCAGAAGGCUGUAGAUGAACUGAAAUGGGUUUUUAAAAGAUGUUUUUAUGGUUCUAGUGACUGGUUAACAAUAUUUCUACAUUAUUAACUGAAGAAACACUCUUGAGAACCCAGCUCAUCAUCUCUGUGGCCUUUGAAAGACCUCUGUGGUCUUGGUGAAGGAGCAGUGCUUCUGAAUAUGGGCCUGAGUCAAGUUGUGGUGUGUGGUGUGCUAGGAGCCUGUGAGUGGUGUGUGAGUGGUGUGCGUGUGGGUAACAUGACUUUCAGUACUAUGGCAUCAGUUUCACCAUGCUCUGGAAGGCAUUUUUCAAGGAGUUAAGAAUUAUUUGCUCUAUUUCUUCUAUUCUGAUGAGCAGUAGAGGAUUUGGGGAAGUUUGGAAAUUGUGUUUAGUACUGAAUAGGUUAAUAGUCAAAGAAUUGGAAAAAUGCUCUGCAUGUCCACCACCACCACAGCCCUACCACAGUGAGUGAAAUAACACUAUCACCAUCAUGCCAAACACAGUAACAUUCCCAUAAACACCCAUACCAGCUGAGCCAAACACACAGUAACACUCCCAUACUACUGCUCCACAUACCAAGUGUAUGGCAGUAGUUGAGGCAGAUGAGGACAUAAGGAACACAGUAACCCUGCCACUGAUUCUCAUUCAUUGAUUGGCUUAUAUAUGUAUUGGUCUUUCUUUGAAAUGUGUGGCAAACUUACUGUAUUCUAUGUAAGAUGCCAGAUUAUUUUGAUUAUGAUAAUCUUGGGUAUAAUUUAUUUAGGUAAUCUAGUAAGGGUUUUAGGUUACUGCAUGUUCUAAAUGCAGACAGGAAUGUGUAUGCAAGUCAGAACAUCAGUUGGUAGUGGCAUUACUGUGACCUCAUGUCAUUGGAGGCCUAAACCAUCUUGACACACUCAAUGACACGCAGUGUAGUACUAUAGGGGGUCCUUAAGAUAUGACGUAGUUCUGUUCAUACACAAAGCAGUAUGUCACUCACCUGUGCUAAUGCCAUAGUACAGUAAUCCCUCGACUAUCAUGGGUAUUACGUUCCAAAAUCCCCCGCGAUAGGUGAAAAUCCACGAAGCAGAAACAGGCCUGUGUUCAGUAGUGCAACCUGGGCUGCCCUAGUCGUUCUACUGAACGGUUUGGGGCACCUCCCAGGGUACUGUAAACAAAUCAUUGACAUUGCCAUGGAAACAGCCACAUUCUACCCAACUCUGUAGCAGUAAUUAUGGAGCACUUGCUAUCCUCAGCGAUGAGGUUCUUUGAAGAUCUGUUACUAAUAUCAUUAGUUACCCAUCCCAUUUCCUUUAUUUUCAUUCUUAUAUGUAUUUAAGACUCAGUACUUUACUUACUAGUGCAAGUCAUUGCAUGUAUGUAGACAAUAUUUUGUCAGCAAUAAAUGAGACAGUAUCAGCAAUAAAUGAGCAAGUAUAACACCAUUAUAAUUAUGGUUAGGCAGUCAUUUUUGUUGCGACAUCAUCACAGCACAGAGCACAUCAUCUCCUCACUUAUAAACCUUUUCUACACUUUUAAACACUUUUUAAACUUAAACUUACUUUUAGACACAUCCUUAUGUAUAAAAAAUAAUUAAACUCGGUAAACUCACCUGUGAAGACACUACAACUCAAUUAAUGAUGAUGACAACAGUAUGUGCAAUUCAUUGUUUACUCAUCUACAAUAAAUUAUGUAUAUAUAUUUAAAGUAAUGUUGUACAGUACAGUACUGUACUAUAUUUCUACUUUUAUUUAUUAAUUUAUUAAUUUUUAGGCAAGAAAAUGCUUAUUUUACCACAAAAGUAAUUAAAAUCUAAAAAAAUUGAAAUACACAUCAUCUGUGGAAACCCCACAAUAUAACGAGAAAUCCAUGAUAUAAAUUUAGAUCAGUUAGCCAGAAAAUUUUGUGACACUGAGGGCGUGAUAGGUGAACCCGCCAUAGUUGAGGGAUUACUGUACUGUGAAGUCAUAAUCUAGGGCUUAGAAACAGCUACUGUACCUGUAAGAAGACAUAUAGAGGACAUACAGUAAAUGAAAAAUAAUUAAAUAAAUCAGUGAAAAAAAAAAAAA